AUGUUAGAAGCAAAUUGUUUGAGUUUUACAUAUAUUUUCACUGUCAUUACAUUAGUCCAAUACCACGCCAAAAACCUAGCUGCUCAAAGGCUACAAUCCGCCCAGCAAGUCAACCUCCAUACCACCAAAAGACUAUUUGAAGAUACUGACGAUCUCACUCAAUCCCUCAAGCAAACAUUAACAAAGAAGCGUAAGGAGCUAGACCAAGCACUCAACCACACCCAAAAAGAACUACAGGAGCUAAGAAAAUCACAUGAUAGUACGCAGAAAAUGGCACAAAAGAUCACUUAG